GGCUGAGCUCCAGGGCUGAGGCACAGCAACAUUUGCAGCAGUCACCAGAACUGAGCUCCACUGCCCUGCAGAGAUGCUGCCCGCCACCUUCAAGCUGUGUGCUGCCAUCUCCUACCAACACCUGCGCAAUGUGACUGGGCUACGCAGACAAGCUGCAGUGGCCAUCAGCCAGGAGCUCAGCAAGUUGUCGUGCCGCAGCGCGGGGCCCAGCACGUGGAUCAGCCAGGUCCGCAGGCGAAGCUCCCUGCUCAGCUCCAGGCUGGAGGAGAAACCCUUCAGCGAGAUGGAGAUGUCGUACAUCAAACAAGGAGAGGAAGCCCUGCAGAAAUCACUCAGCAUCCUUGGAGACCAGGAGGGCUGGAAGACGGAGACGGUGGCGGACAACGGAGAUAAAGUGUUAAGCAAAGUGCUGCCGGACGUGGGCAAAGUGUUCCGCCUGGAGGUGGUGGUGGAUCAGCCCCUGGAUGCGGUGUACAAUGAGCUGGUGGACAACAUGGAGCAGAUGGGAGACUGGAAUCCCAGCGUCAAAGAGGUGAAGAUCCUGCAGAAGAUAGGGAAGGACACACUGAUCACUCAUGAGACGGCGGCUGCUGUGCCUGGGAACAUCAUUGGGCCAAGGGACUUUGUGAGCGUGCGCUGCUCCCGGCGUCGUGGCUCCACCUGUGUGUUGGCAGGGAUGUCCACCACGCACGGAGCCAUGCCAGAACAGCAGGGAUUUAUCAGAGCUGAGAACGGCCCCACAUGUAUGGUGCUGCGCCCGCUGGCCGGCAGUCCCUCGCAGACCAAGUUAACGUGGCUUCUUAGCAUUGACCUGAAGGGUUGGCUGCCAAAGACCAUCAUUAACCAGGUCCUGUCUCAGACCCAGGUGGAUUUUGCCAAGCACCUCCGGCAGCGCAUGGUGCAGGCAGCGGGCUGCUGAGUGCACUGAGUGCUUUGUUCAGGGCUAACAGUAGGGAUGUUGUCCUUAGCUACCUGCACUGUAAGUUGCUGAAGACUCCAAGAGAUGCUCACAAAUAGCACAAUACACACUAGAACUGCAUUUGCUUGGACUCAGCACAGUGGUAGGGCAUGGAUCUUCAGCAGUGAACAUACAUACACUGCACCUGCUGCCAGGAGCUGCAUUGGCUUCAUUGUGUUUGUUCUGAGUGAUGCACGUUCCUCCAGAAUAAAAUCCACCUGAUUGGA